AUGUCCAGACCAGAGAAGAAGUUGGCCGAAUGCCUGAUGAAGCGGAAGGCACUACUCGUCGUUCGUGAUUCCGUUGAGGCGUUCAUCAAGAAGUAUGACAACGAGAACGAUGUGUACCAGAUUCCGAUCCGUCUUGAGGCGUUGGACCGUGUCUACAGUGAGUUCCAGGAGCUGCAAGCGGAGAUUGAGAAGUACGAUGACGCUGAGAAGUUUGAGGAGCAUCUGCAAGAGCGAGCAGCGUUCGAAGCGAGAUUCUGCACGGCCAAAGGAUUUCUGCUGAUGAAGCGUUCGACAGAUCCCAACCAGACAGUGUUGAAUACUUCAGUGACGGCCAAUCAUCACCCAGUUUCAUCCAGUUUCCACCUACGGUUGCCCAAGGUCGAUCUCCCUAAAUUCGAUGGAGACUUUUCCAGAUGGCUUUCCUUCCGGGAUACGUUCACCUCCAUGGUCCAUUCCAACGCGGACAUUCCGACUGUCGCGAAGCUGCAGUACCUUCUGCAGUCCCUGGAAGGAGAAGCUCACAAGCCAUUCGAGUCGAUCGACAUAGUUGCGGAUAAUUAUGCGUUAACUUGGGACGCUCUACUGAAACGCUACGAUAAUAAGCGGUAUCUGAAGCGUCAACUGUUCCGAGCCCUGUAUGACCUCUCGCCGCUGAAGAAAGAGUCACCCCAAGAGCUGCACGACCUGAUUGAUGACUACCAACGGCAUGUCAAGGCCUUAGCGAAGCUGAACGAACCUGUAGUCCACUGGGACACCCCGUUGAUCAACCUGCUAUGCUACAAACUGGAUCCUACGACCCUCCGAGCCUGGGAGGAGAAGACCAGUAGCAGUGAUGAUGUCACCUACGACCAGUUAGUUGAUUUCCUGUACCAAAGGGUUCGAAUGUUGAAGUCCGUCGUCACCGAUCUGCAGCAUCGUUCCAAUCAACCCGGCCAAGCCAAGGUGGCCGGUUCCAAUCCAAUCCAGAAGAAGCCAUUUAAGAUGGUAUCCAAUUCCGCCACGACCGAAUCCAAGAACUCCGCUCCGUACUGUAUCGCCUGUCCAGAGAACCACUUCCUAUUCCAAUGUCCAGCAUUUUCCAAGAUGUCCGUUCGCCAGCGACGAGAGCUGAUAUCCCAGAAGCGCCUAUGCUGGAAUUGCUUCCGCUCUGGACACCAAAGUAGGAAUUGUACAUCCAAGUACGAUUGCCGAACCUGUCACCAGAAACACCAUACCCUGCUGCACGAAACUUCAACCACGAAGAUACAAUCCACUCCAGUAGCUAUAUCUGGUCAGCCAUCCCAACAACCGAAUCCAUCCACGUCGACUGCCGUCGAAAACCCCGGAUCAGUGAAUCCGAACCCCCAAGUGAGCUUGUCGGUACAGUCGUACCAAUCCACUGUCCUGUUGGAAACGGUUAACCUCCUAGUUGUGGACCAGAAUGGGAAGGAGCAUUCCGCUCGUGCACUCCUAGAUUCAGGAUCGAUGAGCAGCUUCAUCACGAAGAAGCUUGCGAACACACUCAACCUCCGUCGUACGAAAGUAGACAUCGCCGUGUCUGGAAUCGGUGAAACGUCGAAGCAGAUCAAGCGCAAGUUGACUGCUACAAUUAGAUCCAAGCUACUUUCGUACAGUACUACGCUCGAGUUUCUUAUCCUCAAGAAACCCACAUUCUGCCUGCCAACCAUGCCGAUUGAUAUUUCCUCGUGGAAGUUUCCUGAUGUCCCGCUAGCUGAUCCAAGCUUCCACAUUCCAGCCGGCAUUGACCUGAUUGUCGGUGGAGAAGUGUACCACGAACUGCACACUGGCGGUAAGAUUUCUUUCGGCGAAGGGCAGCCUGUAUUCGUCGAGACCUCUUUCGGAUGGACUGUUUCCGGUAAGGUAUCCAUCCAAUCACCUGAAGUUCCCUGUGUUUGUCACCUCACCACUGUGGACCGUAAUCUGGAACAAGCCCUCCAGAAGUUCUGGGAGUUAGAAGCCGUUGAAACCUGUUCCAAGUUUACGGCAGAAGAAAAUCUAUGUGAAGAACUGUAUGCCACUACCACCACUCACGAUUCGUCGGGUCGUUAUAUCGUUUCCUUGCCACUCACCCGCGAUCCGCUCGUCACUAUCGGUGAAUCACGUUCUAUCGCCGAGCGCCGUUUCCUGAACCUCGAAAAACGACUUGAGCGAGAUCCAACCACCAAAGAGGCCUACUGUCGCUUCAUGGAAGAAUACGAACGCCUGAAUCACAUGGUGAAACUCCUAGAUCCAGUAGACGAAAGCCAGCCACACUGCUACCUUCCACACCAUCCGGUAUUCAAAGAAUCCAGCACCACCACGAAAGUUCGAGUCGUGUUCGACGCGUCGUGCAAGACGUCAUCUGGAUUCUCCGUGAACGACCUGCAACUGGUUGGACCCGUCGUUCAGGAAGACCUACUGUCGAUCCACAUCAGAUUCCGCAUCCACCAAAUCGCAUUCGUAGCCGAUGUGGAGAAAAUGUAUCGGCAAAUCCUGCUGCAUCAUCUGUUCCGCCGAUACCAACUCAUCCUCUGGCGUCCCAGUCCAGACCUACCAAUCGCUACGUACGAACUGCAAACCGUAACGUAUGGUUUUGCAUCCUCUCCGUUCCUGGCAACUCGCACCAUUCUGCAGAUCGCGCAAGACGCAGCCGAGAUGUAUCCAGCCGCAGCCGCGGUAGCCCAGAAGGAUUUCUAUGUGGAUGAUUUCCUGUCUGGUGCCGACGAUGUUGAAUCCGCUAUCCACCUACGCCAAGAAAUGUCCGCCAUGCUUUCAGCGGCUGGUUUUCCGCUGAAGAAGUGGGCUUCAAACUCGCCUGAAGUUCUAGCCGAUAUUCCUGAAGAAGAUCUAGCAUUCGCGCCGUACCAUGACCUGCAAGACGACCAAUCCGUUUCCACUCUCGGACUCAUCUGGGAACCGAGAUCCGACAUGAUGAGCUUCAAGGUUCAGCUGCCAUUACCAGCACCCGUUUUGACUAAACGGAAAGUUAUGUCCUACGUUGCGCAGAUUUUCGACCCACUUGGCCUGGUGGGACCAAUAAUAGUCAUCGCUAAGCUGUUCAUGCAGCGCUUAUGGGCGCUGAAAACCGAAACAGGAGAUUCUUAUGAGUGGGAUCGUCCUCUUCCUCCACAUCUCCAGUCCGAGUGGAAGGAAUUCCAUGGAACGCUCGAUACAAUCGCCACACUCCGGAUUCCUCGCUGUGUAUCGUUGGCCAACACAACAUCAUUCCAGUUCCACUUCUUCUCCGAUGCAUCGUUGAAGGCGUAUGGAUCGUGCUGCUACGUACGGUCAGAGUCUGCCGGAGCCGUUAGAGUCCAGCUGUUGACGUCCAAGUCCAAGGUGACUCCGUUGGCCAAAUCGCACACUAUCGCACGUUUGGAGUUGUGCGCAGCAGUGUUGUCGUCGAAUCUAUACGAGAAGGUCGUACAUUCCAUACAAAGGCCCGCUGAAGUUUUCUUCUGGACUGAUUCGUCCACUGUCCUGCAUUGGUUGGAGUCAUCGCCAUCGAGAUGGAAAACGUUCGUCGGAAAUCGGGUAGCCAAGAUCCAGGAAACCACUGAAUCCUGUCACUGGAAACACGUUUCCGGAGUAUCCAACCCAGCUGAUCCUCUCUCCCGUGGCGUUAAUCCAGUCGACAUCAAAGACCACUUGCUCUGGUGGAGUGGUCCGGAGUGGUUAUCCAUGUCACCAUCCAACUGGCCCGUAAGCGAUCUGCCCAUCCUUGAUCCGCUUUGGAUGUCCGAAGCAAGAACCCGAGUAGCCAUGGUAGCUACUGUUGAUGCAAGAUUUUCCGAUCAACUGUUCAACCGAUAUUCCAGCUUCAGCAAGCUUCGACGAUCCAUCGCAUACUGGAUGCGGUACUUCCGUGCCUUGAAGGCAACCAUCAAGAAAACCACCAUCGAAGUAUUCGUAACCAUAACCACUGCCGACCUACGUGAAGCAGAUCUUGCCUUAGCUCGUCUGGCUCAGCGAGAAUCGUUCUCCGAGGAGAUAUCCAACCUCCUUGCCGGGGAACGAGUACCAACGUCGUCGCCAUUGAAAUGGCUCAACCCAAGAAUAACCAAGGAAGGUGUGAUCCGAGUUGGUGGAAGACUCGGCAACGCCGCCGUUUCCGAAGAUGCUAAACACCCGAUCGUCCUCUCAUCAAAGCACCUGCUAUCCGAUUUGUUGGCCGAUCACUACCACAAGACUCUGCUGCACGCUGGUCCCCAGCUGAUGCUCGCCACGAUUCGCCAGAAGUUCUGGAUCAUCGGCGGUCGAAACCUUGUUCGCCGUACGUAUCACCAGUGCCAUACGUGCUUCCGCAGCAGACCCGUCUUGGUACAGCAGAGCAUCGCCGAUUUGCCCACAUCAAGAGUCACUCCGACAAGACCAUUCGCCGUAUGCGGGAUCGACUACUGCGGCCCCGUGUACAUCAAGUCGCCGAUCCGCAAUCGGGCGCCAACGAAGGCAUAUAUCGCCAUAUUUGUGUGCUUCGCCACUCGUGCCGUUCACAUCGAGCUUGUAUCCGAUCUGUCUACGCCGGCUUUCCUCGCCGCUCUCCGCCGUUUCGUCGCUCGCCGUGGAAGGAUGACCGAAAUCCACAGCGACAACGGCACCGCUUUCAAGGGUGCAGCUAACGAGCUGCAUAGAAUCUACGAGAUGAUGAAGACCAAUGAAGCUGAUCGGAAGCAAAUCCUCGACUGGUGCGCUGAAAAUGAGAUCGUUUGGCGUUUCAUCCCGCCCCGUGCUCCCCACUUUGGCGGUCUGUGGGAGGCAGCCGUCAAAUCAGCCAAGAACCACUUGUUGCGUGAGAUCGGCACAGUCAACGUCAGCUACGAAGACAUGUGUACCCUUCUCACCCAAAUUGAGAUGUGUCUGAACUCCAGACCACUAGUUCCGAUCCCAAAUGAUCCAGCAGACCUGGAAGUUCUGACCCCCGGACACUUUUUAAUCGGAACCAGCCUCCAAGCCGUUCCUGAACAUAAUCUGUGCGACGUUCCGGACAAUCGUCUAACGCACUGGGAGCUCACACAGAAGCGGUUCCAGAGAAUUUGGUCCAGAUGGUACCCAGAGUACCUGCAACAGCUCCAGUCACGAUCCACGAAGUGCAAGUCAGCAGUCACCAUUGAACCUGGACGAGUCGUGGUGAUUAAGGACGACAACCUACCACCGAUCCAAUGGCCGCUCGGGAAGAUCAUCAAGGUGCAUCCGGGCAAAGACGGAGUGGUACGUGUCGUCACCCUGAGGACUGCAAGAUCCGAAGCCGUCGUCAGACCAGUCGCCAAGAUAGCGCUGUUGCCGAUUCCGGAGAACCGAGUUCCAAAAUCCGGCGAGUGA